UAUUUGCAAUCCCCUGGGAUCAAACCCACAACCACACAAUGCUCUUACCACUGAGCUACAGGAAAGCUUUAAAUUACUUACUUUCUCAUACAUUACUAUCUGGUCUUGUUUCUGUUCCAGGUAGUUUAGCAGAGAAUUUAGCAAUUAAAGGAACAGCAACACAAUCAUCCACAUAUGAUACCUGGACAGCUCAACGUUCCAUAGAUGGUGUCAGAAAUGGAGGAGAACCAGAGAUUGUUCCAUACUGCUCUCAUACAUCCUCUGAGAGUAACCCAUGGUGGAGACUGGAUCUUCAGGAUUAUUAUGACAUCAGUACAGUGAUCAUCAGUGCUAGACCAGACUGCUGUUUGGAUCAAACCAGUGGAGCAGAGAUUCGUAUUGGAGACUCACUGGAAAACAAUGGAAACAACAAUCCCAUAUGUGCUGUGACUGCUGAACCUCUACUUGAUGAAACCACCAGUUUCUCAUGUCAUGGGAUGAAGGGACGUUAUGUGAAUGUGGUCAGAUCUGGACGUACAACUAAUCUCGUUCUGUGUGAGGUGGAGGUCUAUGGAGUUUUACCUUACAGACAAAAAACCUUUCUGAGGCUGAAGUUUUCCUCCAGUGGUGAUGUAGCUGCUGAGAGCGACAAAAUCCUCCAUCAGCUCCAGUCUGCUCUGGGAUUGAACAUCUCUGAUUUUAAACUGUCCUGGACACAACUACCCAAGAAAGAAGAAGAACAGGAGGAGGACGGAGUGUGUCAGAUGUGUGCUGCACUGCUGCAUCUUCAGCUCCUGCUUACAGUCUUCUGA